AUGUCUGAGCUGGAGCUCAAUCAAGGCCUCUGUAAUGAAUGUUAUCAGGAGCAAAUAACACCUUUCACUAGUUCUCAAAAAAGAAAAGAAUCAGAACAAGAGCCUAAUCCUCAAAAUAUUAUUACUCAGCAAGCUCAACAAAUUAUUCAACUUCAAAAAGAAAAUGAACAUUUAAAUCAACUACUUUAUUCUCUACAACAAAACCAAUUUUGGAUGCAAUACUUUGCACAACCUGCAUCUAUAGAAGAAACAGAACUUCAACAAGAAGAAUUAAACCGUCAAGAAGUUUAUACUAUCGGACAAUUAGAGCUUGAGGAGGAAUAUUUGUUAACCCUAGAGGAUCAAGUUGAGACAG